AUGUCUUGUGUCCAGCCUCUGAGAGAGUUCAUCAGCCGGCGGCUCGCUGCUGCCGCCACAGAAAUCUGCGCGGAGUUAGAAAAAACCCUCAUCCGGUACGAGGACCAGAUCGAUCGCCAGCGCAGACUGCUGGAACUCACCUGGAAACCUCAACUAAACCUUCAUACCAUCGAACUUCUACAGCAUUAUAUCCGUAAGGACGAGGUUUUUGGUGGGUGUGAGCAGGAAAGGAUCUCCUUUGUGGAGCAGGAAUCUGUUCGGAUUAAAGUGGAGCAGGAUGACACCUGCAGCAGUCCGGAGAAGGAGCCGCUGGUAGUGAAGGAAGAGGUGGACCCCUUUGUGAUUACCCCACUAGAGACGAGUCCACUCGGGGAACGGGACUCUAACAGAACCCACCUGGUGUGUGGGAUCCCUCCUCUCGAUGAAAGCCAAGACCAUGAAGCAAGUGAGCAUGACGGCUCAGAACCAACCACAACCGGAGAGCGAGCACUAACACAUGACCAUCACACAGUCAGAGGGGACAGUUAUGGUCUGGAUAGUUCUGUCAUUUCAGAUGAUACUUUAGAUAAUGACACAGGUAAAAAGUCUGUCACGUGUGAUGUCUGUGGAAAAGCUUUCACACAAAGGUACAAUAUGAUGACGCAUAGACGAAUUCACACAGGCGAGAGGCCGUAUCCCUGUAAAAUAUGCAGUAAACGUUUCAUAAAACAUGAUAACUUGUUGGUCCACAUGAGAAUCCACACAGGUGAGAAGCCAUAUUCUUGUGAAAUGUGUGGUAGAAGUUUUGCCAGGAGUUGUCAUUUAACUGCCCACAUAAGAACCCACUCGGGUGAGAAACCCUACUUCUGUACGACCUGUGGAAAACGCUUUGCGGAGAAACGUACUUUGUCUGCCCACAUGAGAAUCCACACAGGUGAGAGAUCUUAUUCCUGUAAAACAUGUGGUAAAAAUUUCAUUGAAAAUCGCAAUUUGACUGCCCACAUGAAAAUUCACUCAGGGGACAAGCCCUAUUCUUGUCACAGCUGUGGAAAAUGUUUUUCCGAAAAUCGUAAUUUGACAGCACACAUGAGAACUCACACGGGCGAGAGGCCAUACUGUUGUAGAAUAUGUGGGAAGAGUUUCACCCAGAGUGGAAAACUGUCCAUCCACAUAAGAAAUCAUGCAGGUGAGAAGCCCUAUUCUUGUCACAUAUGUGGGAAAUGUUUCUCUGAAAAUCGUUAUUUGACUUGUCACAUCAGGACUCACACAGGCGAGAGGCCAUAUGCCUGUAAAAUAUGUGGAAAAAGUUUCACCCAAAGUGGCAAACUGACUAUUCACAUGAAAAGCCACAGUGGUCAGCCCCCUCCUCCUAGUGAAGACCUGCAAGGUGUUAAAGACUCGACUCAUUCAAAUGCCUGUUAA